GCUCGCACUACGAAGUAACGGCUGAUAUCCGUUUCCUUCCGCACUGGGAGAGGGAGUGAAGAUGGCGGCGGCCGAAUCUGAUCGUGAAGUACCUUCUGCUCUGUGUACUGAAUUCCUGAAUUUCUCUGUCAAAGACACAGCUUCGAAAUGGCUCCAAGUGACUGAUCUGUACAAGGAGGUGUACCAUCACCUGGCCCGCUAUGUCCCAAAGAUCUACUGCCUGGGGCCCAACCUGAACCCCCAGAGUGAGGACUUGCUGGCCCAGAUGCUGCUGCAGGCCCCUCUGGAGUGGUACCUGUGUGGGGAGGACCCCUCCACGGGCCUGGCCAAGCUGGAGCAGAACAACCAGCCCUCACAGCUCUGCGGACACGUCUUCAAAGUGGGAGAGCCCACCUACUCAUGCAGGGAAUGUGCUGCAGACCCCACCUGUGUGCUGUGUAUGCAGUGUUUCCUGGGCAGUGUGCAUAAAGAGCAUCGCUACAGGAUGACGACCUCUGGGGGAGGGGGUUUCUGUGACUGUGGAGACACAGAGGCAUGGAAGAAGGGCCCUUACUGUCAGAAACACGAGCCCAACAUCAGUGACUCUUGUCAGGAGGAUCCCCUGGCCCACCUCUCAACAGACAUGAUUGCCCGCUGCUAUAAUGUCUUCUCCGUUGUGCUGAAAUACGCAGUGGACAUGCUCACCUGGGACAAGGAGGAUGAACUGCCCCUGGGCCUGGAGCCUCCAGACCGAAGUGACACUUAUUACUGCAUGCUCUUCAAUGACGAGGUGCACACCUACGAGCAAGUCAUCUACACCCUUCAGAAGGCGGUCAACUGCACCCAGAAAGAAGCAGUCAGCUUCGCCACCACAGUGGACAGAGAUGGAAGGAAAUCGGUGCGCUUUGGCGACUUCGCUUUCUGUGAGCUGGCCAAGUCGGUCAUUGUGAGGAACACGAGUCGUCAGUCCAAGCCCUUGCGGGUCCAGGUAAUGCACUCCUCGGUGGUGGCUCAUCAGUGCUUCGCUCUCAAAGCCCUCCACUGGCUGGGCCACGUCAUAGGAUACUCAGAUGCUCUGAGGAGGAUCCUGUGUCAGGUGGGCCUAGAGAGGGGGCCAGAGGGUGAGAACUCCUCCCUGGUGGACACGCUCAUGCUCUGUGACUCCAAGAUGUGGAAAGGAGCCAGGAACGUCUACCACCAGCUCUUUAUGAGCAGCCUUCUCAUGGACCUCAAAUACAAGAAGCUGUUUGCUAUCCAGUUCGCAAAAAAUUAUGAGCGCUUGCAGAGCGACUAUGUGAAAGAUGACCACGACAGGGAGUUCUCGGUCACUGACCUCUCGGUGCAAAUGUUCACAGUGCCCUCCCUGGCGCGGAUGCUGAUCACCGAGGAGAACCUGAUGACCACCAUAAUCAGGACCUUUGUGGACCACCUGCGCCACCGCGACUUGCAGGGCCGCUUCCAGUUUGAGCGCUAUACCGCCCAGCAGGCUUUCAAGUUCCGCCGCGUCCAGAGCCUCAUCGGAGACCUCAAGUAUGUCCUCAUCAGUCGGCCCACAGAGUGGAGUGACCAACUCAGGGAGAAGUUCCUGGAGGGCCUGGACACCUUCCUGGAGCUGCUCAAGUGCAUGCAGGGAAUGGACCCGGUUGUGAGGCAGGUGGGCCAGCACAUUGAGAUGGAGCCUGAGUGGGAGGCAGCCUUCACCCUGCAGAUGAAGCUCACACACAUCAUCUCCAUGAUACAGGAGUGGUGCGCUACAGAUGAGCGUGUGCUGAUUGAAGCCUAUAAGAAGUGCCUGACUGCCCUUACACACUGCCACAGUGGCUUCGCCGACGGGGAGCAGCCCAUCACACUGAGCAUGUGUGGACAUUCUGUGGACACCAUCCGCUACUGUGUGUCUCAGGAGAAAGUCAGCAUCCACCUGCCUGUGUCCCGCUUACUUGCAGGUCUCCACGUUCUCCUCAGUAAGAUGGAGGUGGCCUACAGAUUCCCUGAACAGCUUCCGCUGAGUGAGCUAAGCCCCCCCAUGCUAAUAGAACACCCCCUUCGCUGCCUGGUCCUCUGUGCCCAAGUGCACGCCGGGAUGUGGAGGAGAAACGGCUUCUCAUUGGUCAAUCAGAUCUACUACUACCACAAUGUCAAGUGCAGAGUGGAGAUGUUUGACAAGGACCUCAUUAUGCUGCAGGCCGGCGCUUCCAUGAUGGAUCCCAACCACUUCCUGAUGAUAGUCCUGAGCCGCUUCGAGCUCUACCACAUCUUCAGCUCCGCCGACUGCAGGAAGAGAUACAACCGGGAGAACGCCAACAAGGACGUGGUCCAGCAGAACAACACCCUAACGGAGGAGAUGCUGCACCUCAUCAUGAUGGUUGUGGGUGAGCGUUUUGAAGCUGGUAUCGGCCAGGUGGAAGGCUGUGACGAGAUUAAGCGGGAGAUCCUUCACCAGCUUUGUAUUAGACCCAUGGCCCACAGCGAGCUGGUCAAAGCCCUGCCUGAAAAUGAGAACAAGGAGACUGGUAUGGAGAGAGUGAUCGACUGUGUUGCUUCGUUUAAGAAGCCUGGCGUGACAGGCAGAGGGCUAUAUGAGCUCAGGCCAGAGUGUGCCAAGCAGUUCAACCUCUACUUCCACCACUACUCCCGCGCUGACCAGUCCAAGGCAGAGGAAGCCCAGAGAAAGCUGAAGAGACAGAACGGAGAGGACACAGGUAGAGCGUCUCAACGAGAAACACUUGCUUCCAUCUCUGUGGUGAUUGGUCGUGGUACACAAGAACAUCUUGGAACCCUCCCUCCUCCGGUGCUUCCCCCGUUCUGCCCGCUGUUUGCCAGCCUGGUGAACAUUCUGCAGUGUGACGUACUGCUGGGCAUGCUGGGAGCCGUGCUCCAGUGGGCCGUGGAGCCCAGUGCAGGACACUGGUCUGAGUCCAUGCUGCAGAGGGUGCUCCACCUAAUAGGCAUGGCUUUACUGGAGGAACAUCAGCAGUUAGAGAACAGUAGUGAGGACAACGACGUCUACUUCAACUUCACCCUCAAAAUGUCCCGUCCAGGGGAAGCCCCCAGUAACACAGCCAGUGUCCUGGCCCUCCUGGAGAACCUACAGAAUGCCCCUCAUCUUGAGGUCCACGAGGACAUGAUCCGUUGGCUCCUCAAGACGGUGGCUGGCAUCAAGACGAUGCGGGAGCGUAGCGCUUCCACUUCCACCGUGACCGCCAGCGGGAGCCGCGGUCAGGAAGAGACAGCGUGCGACAAGGACAAGGCGGAGAGGAAGAGGAAGGCGGAGAUGGCCCGCCUGCGAAGGGAGAAGGUCAUGGCCCAGAUGUCGGAGAUGCAGAGGCACUUUAUCAACGAGAACAAGGAGCUGUUCCAGCAGAGUCUAGAGGAGCUGGAUGCUUCCACCUCUACCUCACUGGAGCACAGCCCCGCGUCGCCAGACGCAGCCCUGGCGUGUGUGGGCCCCAGGCGGUCACGUCCCAGGGAGAAGAGGCAGGUUGUUACGUGUAUCCUGUGCCAGGAGGAGCAGGAGAUCCGGGCUGACGGCAAGGCCAUGGUGCUGGCUGCCUUCGUCCAGCGCUCCACCGUCAUGUCCAAGAACCGCACGAGACCACCGCACGACCCCAAGCGCUACGACCCUCUCUUCAUGCACCCUGACCUGUCGUUCGGCACGCACACAGGCAGCUGUGGCCACAUCAUGCACUCUCACUGUUGGCAGAGGUACUUUGAGGCGGUGCAGGCCAAGGAGCAGCGGCGUCAGCAGCGACUGCGUGUCCACACCAGCUACGAUGUGGGGAACGGGGAGUUCCUGUGUCCGCUCUGCGAGUGCCUCAGUAACACCGUCAUCCCCCUGCUCCCCCGAACUAUGGGCUCCAGCAGUUGUGAUCAGCCUGGCCUGGGUCAGUGGCUGAAGAUCAGCGGUCAGCAGAUAAAGGCCAUGCACUCUGCCCACAGGAAACUCCAACCUGUCAGUACCGUUGAAGAGAGAGUGGAAGAAGAGUGCCCUGCCCCUGAGGUUUUCACUGUGGACUACAUUCCCACGAAUCCCUACUCUAGCACCAUAAAGGAGAUGCUGACCACUUUUGGGACAGCGACCUACAAAGUUGGCCUUAAGGUGCACCCCAACGAGCAGGACCCUCGCAUCCCCAUCAUGUGCUGGAGCAGCUGUGCCUACACCAUCCAGUCCAUAGAGCGACUGUUGGUGGACGAGAAGAAGCCUUUAUUUGGAAGUUUACCUUGCAGACAGGACGACUGCCUGAGCUCCCUGGCCAGGUUCGGCUCAGCGUGUUGGACUGCGGCCUGUCAGCCCACCGUGCAAGGCCACUUCAUCCGACUGUUAGCAGCUUUGAUUCCAGACCCCCAGGUGGAGGCCUCUCCGUGUAUCCUGGACGUAGACAUGUUGCACCUGCUGGUAAGUGUGGUUCUGUCCUACGGGUCGGUCCACUCCCAGGACUCGUCAGGGCUGAGCGUGGACGCUGUCCAGCUGCACCUCUUCCACCUUAUCACUGUGGCUCACAUGGUCCAAAUACUACUCACUUCUGGCCCAGAGGAGGUGACCAUGGAGCAGGAGAGCGGCGAGGUGGAGCGGGGGGAGGAGGAAGGCGCCUGCCGUCUCUACAACACCCUCAGAACACACGUGGGCAGUUCCCUACCUGAGGUGGGCUCUGGUUGGCACCUGUGGCGGUGUGUGAAGACUGGCAUCCUGCCCUACCUGAGAGGAGCGGCGCUGUUCUUCCACCACCUCCACGGAGUUCCUGCACCCCCAGAGCUGCAUGCUCUGUGUCCUGGUCAGUGGGAGGUGCUGUGCGGAUACCUCAGUCUGCCCUCCAACCUGCUGCAGCUCUUCCACGGUCAACAGGAGCUACUGGAGCCCUUACUGCAUGGGUGGUGCACUCACCCAGGUAUACAGCAGACCCUUCAGGGAGGUGGUGUUCUUGUGAGUUUUCCUCGGGAGUCCAACAGUCUGAUUGACCUACCAGAUGACUACAGUGCCCUCAUAAACCAAGCCUCCAGCUUCACGUGCCCUAAGUCGGGUGGGGAUAAGUCCCGUGCGCCCACCCUGUGCCUGGUGUGUGGCUCCAUGCUUUGUUCUCAGAGCUACUGCUGCCAGACAGAGCUGGAGGGAGAGGACGUGGGAGCCUGCACUGCUCACACCUUUGCCUGCGGAGCUGGAGUAGGCAUCUUCCUCAGAGUGAGAGAGAGCCAGGUUCUGUUCCUGGCUGGUAAAACUAAGGGCUGUUUCUACGCUCCUCCUUACCUGGACGACUAUGGAGAGACAGACCAGGGCCUAAGGCGGGGGAACCCAUUGCACCUGUGCCACGAGCGCUACCGCAAGAUCCAGAAGCUGUGGCGCCAGCACAGCAUCACCGAAGAGAUAGGCCAUGCCCAGGAAGCCAACCAAACCCUGGUUGGCAUCGACUGGCAGCACCUGUGAUGUCUUAGGUCACAUCUACCGGAGUCGGACACACCCCUUCUCCAUAUGAAUGGGGGUGGGGGGCACGGCACAUGGGGGUGCGGAAUGGUUGUCAAGGCAACACAGCCCCACCUCUUUCGCUCCUCCCCCCCGAUUGGAUAAGGGGUACGUGACGCCCCCCCCCCUCUGUCUGAGAGUGGAUGAAUGCAUGUAGGUUUUUCUCCUUUUCUUUUUGCUGUUUCUCCCUUGAAGAAAUGUAAUAUAAAAGAGUGUGUGUGUGUGUAUAUAUAUAUAUAUAUAUAUAUAUAUAUAUAUAUAUAUAUAUAUAUAUACACACAUAUAUAUAUAUAUAUAUAUAUAUAUAUAUAUACACACACACAUCGCUCUCAAGCAUAUAGCUGACGCAUCGGGCACCCAUGGACUGGCUCGGGUGUAAUAUGAAUACUCAGAGUAUAACUUCUUUAUAGGAAUGCUAUUUUAAUUUCUGCCUAUUCAAAUACCAUUAAAUUAUUUCUAAGGUAGAUGGCUGACGUAUUGGUUUAUUUACAGUUGGAUUUGCUUUGAUGCUAAACAUUUUUUACUAAGCACCAGGUUUUCCUUCUUGCUCUUGUCAGCCAGUGACAGCUCAUUUCAGAGUUUGGGACACAAUCUCAUCAGAUAGGUGAGGUCAGAUUGUGCCCCUUACCAGUAUUGGGAUCCAUUCUAUUUCAAUUUCAACCUAAGAGCUGAAAAAUCCUUAUUGAAAAUCAAUGGUGCUUUUCAGCUUCGAUUUGGAAUUUUAAAUAAAGUCCUGAAAUGUAUUGACCCCCCCCACCCCCCAUUAGUUACUUUCUCCAGUCUGAUGGACACCCAAAUACACAGAGAGAAUACAAGCCAAUGUAAGGAAGUUCGGUAACACACUGGUGUGAAUGUUUGUGUUUUUGUGUUUUACUCCUGAGUGCCUGUGUUCUGGUUUUUAAAUUUGUCAGGGUGUAUGUUGGAGUGUGUUAAGUCUUUUUGCAGGUUGAGUGUGUGCAUUUUGUCAGUGCUUUGUAUUUUAACACUAUUUAAAUGAACCCCUUUGCCCACAGAUAUGAGCCUUUUUAAGGCAAGGCUGUCCCUUCCUUUUUUGCUAAUGUGUGCGUGUGUGAUUGGUUGAAGUCAAUUUUAUCUGAUGUGCAUUGAUGGGGUUUGUUUGUUUUGGAAAUUGUUUUUGUAUUGUACAUUUUUUUUUAUGUUCAGCAGAAACGUUUUUUUCUGUAUGAGAAGAGAAUGCAGAAACAUAUCCCUCGACCUGUUUUAUUUUUAAUUUUUAAAUAAACCCACUGAUCUCAUAUAUAUAUAUAUAUAUAUAUAUAUAUAUAUAUAUAUAUACAUACAUACAUACAUACACCAGUGGGUUUGCCUGACCCGACCUGGAAUAAAACUCAAUCUUAGUUAAUUUUUUGGUCAGAUAAAAGUCUUAGCCCUCUUAAGGUUGCCUCUGGACUGUACCAUUUUUUUCCACAGCUACGGCUGGGUGGACUGGCACAUUGGGGAAAAUAUCGUCCUUAAGGCUCGGAAAUAGAAUAGAUUAGUCAGGCUCACAAGGCACUUUAGAGGAACGAACACAUGCAAGCGCACACACACACACACUGCUCUUUGAUGCAGGUUCUCUCUGAUGCUGGGACCUGAAGCUCUGUAUUCUUCAUCCCAUCACUCCGUUGGCAUGUUUUCCCGGUAACCACCCCCACCCCAUUCUUUGACACGCUCCCAAUAUCGAGGCUGUAUUAUUAUUAUUAUUAUCGUGUCAGACUUGUUAAUAUGUGAAUUACUGUAUAAAUGAGUACAUUGUACUAUAUUGUAAAAGAAUACCAAAAUAAAUCAAAAGGAAAAGGAA